AUGGCACUUAGAGCGCUCGUUCUCUCGUGCAUCCUCCUCCUCGUGUCGACUUCCGCCUUGGCGCAGCGUGGUCCGCCAGGCGGAGGUCCUCCCGGCGCCAAUCAGGGAGCGGGGAGCGCGCGCGGAGGCCCUGGCACCGGGACCGGCGGUCCUGGCGGGGCUGGCGGAAAACCGCCGCACGCGCCUCCGCUGAACCUGACGGCCAUCGGGAAUUUGACGGCCGAUGUCGGCGCGCGACUCGCCAACUGCACCGCUGAUCAGACGAUUGUUGACGGCCGCUUCCACCUCGCCAUCUUCAAGAACGCCACCGGCAAUUACAACCUCCUCGUCGAGGCGCUCCUCGUCGACGCGGCGGGCAGUCCGCCGGACUCGCUUGCGAUCGUGCAGGGUGCCGUGUGCGACGCCGCUGCGACGGACGUCCUCGCGCUGCCGCUCGCCGCGGCGGACUGGCAGCAGCGCGCGGGGUGGUGGCUGCUGCACGCGGAGGCGCGCCUCGACGCGUUCCUCGAGAACGCGGACGCCGCCACCGUCGACGCGCUGCUCGCGGUUCUCCCCAACGCCUCGCUUCCGCGCAAGAACGGCGGCGGGCGCAAUGGCGGAGGCAGCGCGGGGGGCGCGCAGAGCGGUCAGGGUGGGAGGCGCAUGGGGCGAGAGCUGCUGAUGCACGCAGUGGGCCGCGUUGCCAAGCAGGGGGGGCAGCAGCAGGGGGGUGCGCAACAGGGGGGUGCGCAGCAGGGGGGUGCGCAGCAGGGGGGUGCGCAGCAGCCGCCUGCAGGAGGCUUUUCAGGUGGUGAUGGCGGAGUGAACAACACAGUGAGCGGGUAUGCUGUGCUGGCGGGCAGCAGCGCAGCAGGUGUGACGUGGGGCGGGCAGCUCAUGGGGGCCAAGGUUCCUGCUGCUGCUGUUUAG